CACGGUAAACAGCUGAUGACGGUAACAAUAAACUUAUGUUCUGAUUGGAAAAUUCGUGUCGUGUUGUGAUACUUAAUUGGCCAGUGUUUGUGACUGUUGUCAUUUGAUUUAGUGUCGAAGAGUCGGUUGGACACAGAUGGUUUUAUGACAAUUGCUUGAGGAUGUCCAGCGAUAGGAGUAGUGUCAAAAUCCAUCUGCCACUGGGCGAUGAAGCUGGCGAGUCAGUUUCGUACAAUGCGAGGAGCGUCUGCAGCCCGCCCAACGAAUCUCUCAACAACGCCUCUGUUUUAAGCGGUUCCCAAUCGAAUCUAUGCAAUGGAUCGUCCGGGGUGACGAUCGCCGGAGCGCUCCGGAAGGUGCCCAACAGCAGCCCGAGCAACAAACGGCCCAUGAUCUCGUUGACGCAUCUGCCGAAACGUCCGCCCGUCGACAUCCAGUUCAACGAUCUGUCCUAUUCGGUUUCGGAAGGACGAAAACGCGGCUACAAAACCAUCCUGAAAUGCGUCAACGGGAAAUUCAAGUCCGGCGAACUGACCGGCAUCAUGGGACCAUCUGGAGCAGGGAAGAGCACCCUGAUGAACAUUCUUGCCGGCUACAAGACGUCCAACUUAAGCGGAUCAGUAUUAAUAAACGGAAAGGAAAGAAGCCUGCGCCGCUUCAGAAAAAUGUCCUGUUACAUUAUGCAAGACGACUGUUUGUCUCCUCAUUUGACGGUCAAAGAAGCCAUGACGGUUUCGGCGAAUCUCAAAUUGGGCAAGGGCAUCACCAGGUCGGAGAAGAAGGUGGUGAUCGAUGAAAUUUUGGACACGUUAGGUCUUCAGGAUGCGGUCGACACCAAUUCAUCAAGUCUGUCUGGUGGACAAAGGAAGCGGUUGUCUAUUGCUCUGGAAUUGGUGAACAAUCCGCCGGUGAUGUUUUUCGACGAACCGACAAGCGGAUUGGAUAGUUCGUCGUGUUUCCAAUGCAUCAGUCUGCUGAAGUCCUUGGCAAGAGGUGGAAGAACCAUAAUUUGCACAAUCCAUCAACCUUCUGCCAGAUUAUUCGAAAUGUUCGAUCAUUUGUACAUGCUGGCCGAUGGACAGUGCAUCUACAAAGGCAGCGUUAUUGGUUUGGUGCCAUUUUUGUCCAGCAUGAGUUUACACUGCCCUAGCUAUCACAAUCCGGCUGAUUAUGUUAUUGAGGUUGCCUGCGGAGAACACGGCGAUUGGGUGCAAAAAUUGGUGGUUGCCGUUAAUGCAGGAAGAUGUAACAGUUUUGUGAACGAUAAGAAGGAACCGAAGAUGAUUGCCAAUGACAUUUCCAAAGAAACAUCGACUGUUAAAACGGACGAACCUAUCACAAAUAGUAUUUCAAAGCCUUACAGUGGAACACCAGCUGUAACUCCAGCAACUUGUACUACAUCACUGCUGGAAUCUUCGGAAAAUCUAACGGCGGCCGACAAAAACGGUUUUCCUACAACAGGUUUCCAGCAGUUUUGGAUUUUGUUGAAGCGCAGCACUAACAUCAUAGUAAGAGAUAAGACUUUAACCAGAAUGAGACUUUUAGCACAUUUUAUUAUUGGCGUAUUAAUUGGAUGUAUCUAUUAUAACAUUGGAGAUGAUGCUGCUAAAGUUAUGAGCAAUGCUGGAUGUUUGUUCUUUAGCGUUAUGUUCAUGAUGUUCACAGCUAUGAUGCCAACAAUUUUAACAUUUCCUUUAGAAAUGUCUGUCUUUGUACGGGAGCAUCUGAAUUAUUGGUAUUCUUUGAAGGCGUACUAUUUCGCAAAAACUCUUGCAGACAUACCGUUUCAGAUUGUACUAACAACGUGUUAUAUAGUCGGUGUUUACUUCAUCACUUCUCAACCUUUAGACGGUAAACGAUUUGGAAUGUUCCUUUGCGCAGCUGUGCUCACUGCUUUAGUCUCGCAAAGUUUUGGUCUACUCGUCGGUGCUGGAUUCAAUAUAGAAGGUGGUGUAUUCUUGGGGCCUAUCUCAACAAUCCCAAUGGUGCUUUUCUCAGGAUUCUUCGCAAAUCUCGACGACAUCCCGUAUUACAUUAGCUGGCUACCGUACAUGAGUUACCUAAAGUACGGCUUCGAAGCGUCUAUGAUAGCGAUUUACGGCCUAGAUCGACCGAAACUUAAAUGCGAGCAGAUGUACUGUCACUUCAAAUAUCCCACCGCAUUCUUGAAGCAAAUGUCCAUGAAGGAUGACAUGCAGACGUACAUAAUCGAUAUUGUUGUGCUCGCAUCGUUGUUUUUGUUAUUAAGGAUAAUAGCGUAUUUUGUACUGAGAAUAAAAUUGAUGACUGUAAGGCACUAGAUGAAAACUGUAGAACCUGAGGAAUUCCUUAAUUGCUUUUAUUAGGACGGAUAUACGACCGGAAUGUAACAAUUUUAACAGAGAUGGCACAACAAUACUUUAAUUAUUAGAGGUAAAAGACAAAAUUGAUUGAAGCUCUCUUAAUACUAGUAUUGUACUAUUCAUGGUGCUUCUACACCAUGGAUUUAUUAAUUAAUGACAUCUCUGUAGACAUGUAUGCAAUUUUUUUAACAUUACUAUAUAUUAGAUGUGUCUAGGUAUUUUGGCCCUUUAGAUUUACGAAAUGUAUGCUUGUAGGUCUUAAAGAAAAAUUUAUUAUGUACCAGUUACACAAUAUCUAGACAUAUCCUCUCUGACAAGUAAAAUAUAACAAUAGUCUACUUAAAUUAAUUACAUAAUUCUUUUUGUAUCUUGGAAAAAGCAAUAUUUGGAAAAACAAUUAUUGUAAAACUCUUGCCCUUGAAAUUGAUUGAUUGAUUUGAACAAUGAGAUUAUAAUAGUGUUUAUUUUAAUAUUUAUAUUUAAAUGCAUUUACAUAUAUUGAUAAUUUUGAUAUUAUACGCACUAAACUGUAGAAAUUUUAUUGUGAUAGUAUUCUAGAUUUUUUUAUUGUGAUGGAUUUUAUUUUAUUUAUUAUUAUUUUACCAUUUUGUUCUGUAACCAUGGUUUCAAACAGAACUGUACCAUACUCAAUUUUUUAAAAUAGCAUAUUAACAGUAUAUACAAUUAUUAUAUGUAUAUAUUUCACAUUUUCAAAAUAAACUUUUUAUAUAAA